CCAAAAUUAAAAAAACCCAAAAAAAUCCCCAUCAAUUGCGCCCCGGCCAGCGAUUCCCUGCCACCGAGACGAGCCUCCUCGAAACCCGCCGCUUCUCCCUAGAGCCGACCCGGUUUCCUCUCUCUCUCUCUCACCUCUCCGGUCCAACCGCCAGACUUCCUCACCAGCAGCCAUCAUGGCCCCCUCAUCACUUGCUCGCCCCAUGCUCCGCUCGCCGGCCCUGCGCCAGCUUGCCUUCCGCCGUUUCGAGAGCUCUGCCGCCGGCAAGGCCACCGAUGCCGCCAAAGAUGCUGCCAACAAGGCCAAGGAGUACCAGGCAAAGGCUGCGCAGGGCCUGUCGCGCGUCGCGGGCGCCGCUGGCCCUGCCAUUGCCGGCGCUGCUCGCGGUCUCACCAACGCGCUCGGCAAGGUCGGUGGACGCACCGGCAAGCUCAUCAGCUUCGUUGAGAAGCAAACCCCCCAGGCCGUCUACUACGGCAAGGUCGCCAUCGAGACUGGCAAGAUUGUCUUCCACGCCCAGAAGAUGAGCCCUCCCUCCGUUGCCACCUUCCAGACCUUCUACCAGUCCCUGUGGCAAUCCAUCCAGAGCGGUGCCAUCCUCAGGUCUCCCCAGAACCUCCUCCAGCAGGCCCGCAGCCUGACUCCUGGCCAGCUCGUUGCUGGUGGUGUCAUCUUCGCUGAGACCCUGGGAUUCUUCACUGUUGGCGAGAUGAUUGGCCGAUUCAAGCUGAUUGGCUACCGCGGAGAGACCGCUUCGCACCACUAAACGUGUCUGCGAAUCUCCAAUUCCUUUUCCUCUUUUUAAAGGAGGCCAAAAAUAUACAGGCAUCAAUGAUUCAAGCCUGGCCCCACUCGGUCAAGCUUGGUUGAUGCUCGGAACAUGAGAAGUGUCCGUGGUAGAAGGAGAAAAAAAAAUAUGGAGAGUGAAAGAGGAGAGAUGGCAAGCACGCACGCAACACACGCAUACCAUAUAGGAAAAAACACGAAAAACGGCAUGUACGGAUAGACAAAGCGGAUCGGAAUAGAGGAAAACAUGGUCAGGUGUGACAACCCCUGACUGAUGAAGCAAGGGAUAUCUGGUGUGACCAAUUGGUGGGCAAAAGAAGAAGAAAAAAAAGUGAGAGAAUGCGUGGCGGGCAAGACGAGGCGAGACUCAGGAGGGAUUAGGAAGGGGUCUUGGGCUUGGACAUUUUGGAGAAUCCCUCUUUUGCCUCGAGUGUAUACGUGUGAGCAACCUGGUUUUUGACUUUUUUUUUUUUUGUAACACCCCUUUUGUCACGCAUACACCCACACACCAUGUACAUCAGAGACUUGCUUGAUGCCAUAGCAGCAGAAGCAGCUACUUAAUCCAUGACGAAUUCUUCGG